AUGUUUAUAUAUUUGGAGCUAGCUCGUUCAUUUAAAUGUAAAAGUGACAAAAAAAAACAAGGAAGAAAUGGAGAAACUUUUGUUGAUGGUUUUCUUGUUAAUAGCAAUAGCCAUGCCUACAAUAACUCAUGGGCUUGAUCAAAGUCCAAAAGGAGUGGAAAAAUGGUUCAAGAAGCUUCCCCAUGCAAAAGAAAAAAUGACCAAACUUCACUUCUACUUUCAUGACACUGUGACUGCCAAGAACCCUUCAGCAAUCCAAAUAGCCCAAGCCAACAUCACAUUUCAAUCACCAACUUUUUUUGGCCUAUUAAGGAUGUUUGACAACUCACUGACUGUUCGGCCAGAUCCCAAUUCAAAAGAAAUAGGUCGAGCCCAAGGGAUUUAUGGCUCAGCUUCGUUUGAAGAUAUAGAACUUCUUAUGACUCUCAACCUUGUGUUCACUAAGGGCAAGUACAAUGGUAGCACACUCAGUAUCCUCGGACACAACCGGAUAUUUCACGAGUAUAGAGAGUUACCUAUUGUUGGUGGUUCGGGUGUUUUCCGGCUAGCACGAGGGAUCGCCACCGCGAAAACUUACUGGGCUAGUAACGCCACGCAGAACGCAAUUGUUGAAUACCAUGUUGUGGUUUUGCAUUAUUGAACUCUCCCUUGUUUGUUUUGAUUUUUCAUGUAUCCGGAUGUGAUGCCAAAUGCCAAUAAUUUGAAUGUGUGUAACGAACAAAAGUAAUUGUCUGUUCCCUUGUUUGUAAAUUUCAGUGUGUUUGGAAUGACAUAAAGCAUAUUUUGCUGUUUGAGUGCAUUAAAGUGUGAAAAUAUUUCACAUCAAGUAACAAUUUAAUAUCGAAGACCCGCUUUAUAAGA